AUGAAGACGUUGACGCAGACGGUGGCAGGAGAUUUCAGCGAAGGGAUUCCCAGAAGCGCCACCGACAGCGACACGAGGUCCAGGCUCGGCUCGGUUCAGUCCGGCAUCGAGUCGUAAGUCUUGGAACUCACGGCUUCGAAGAUUCUCAAGCACCACAAAUAGUGCUGUUUCGAUUCUUUUCCAUUAUCAAGUCGCGAAAUUUUGAUGAGAAUCUGAUUUUUACGGGUCAUGCAUACUUCUUAGCUUCUUUCACUACUAUGAAAAGUUUGAUUUUUUCAUGAAUUUUUUCGAACUCGCGUUUGAACUGUGCUGACAGCUAACAACUGUGAAUAAGAAAAAGGAGCUACGGAUCUGAGAUUUUUGUUUUUUUUAGGGUUUUGAGGUUGAUAAAUUCUCAUUAGUUGGCCAAGUUUUCAUGAAGCGACGUGGCGGACUGUGUUCAAUUAUCCUCUCCCCAAUUUACCCGAAAAAUUUUCUCAUUUGAGAUAUGAUGUGAAACUGAAGAGGAGAUUUGAGAGACUUUCGUUAAAGGGAAGAAACGUUUGAGAACUAACGCCCAUAGAAUUCAAAGAUUUGUUGCGAAUAGUUCUGAAAAUGCAGCCUCGCAAAUUUUUCUUCCGUGGUUUUCUAUGAAACGUAGACAUCUUAAAAAUUAGCGAGAUUUCAAAAGCUCUCCUUUGGAAAAAAGGUUUUUUUUUCUCAGAAAGGCCACAAGGCAAAAAAGGAGAUUCCACCCCAUAUUUGAGUGCAAAAGAGGAUUUGGUUGGCUGGAGCCAAAUUGUAUUCAAAUUUUAAAGAAAUGGGUAGUAUUCCAGUUAUUCGGUUGGCGUGGGAAAAUCGAGUUCACAAAAUUGUAGAAUUGCAAGUGUUUUGAGAGAAGAAAUUCCAAGGCUUAUGAAAAGUCAGAAGAAUGAUAGAUCCACCAAAAAAUUGGGAAAAAAUAAUUUCAGUUUGAUUUUUGGGAAAAAAAAUUUUUCUACAAAAUUUUUCUACAAGUUUGACUAUCCACAAAAAACAAUGACGCAUAUCGGAGUUAAGCCUAUUUUUUUUUAGUUUUUUUUGGAAGUUCUUCAAAUUUUCGAUGAUUAAAAAAACUAAUCGGGAAGCCUCAAAGACUAUUUUGCAUGGUGUUCAACCGUAAACAUGGAAUCUUGAAUACGAUUUCGCGAAGCCUUUGGGAUGAAGCCAAGGUCCAAGAACCGAGACCUCAAAUUGCUGAACGAUUGGGGGCCUAAAAAGUUUGUCUUGCCGUUUCCCUGUUAUUUAUUUGCCUUUUUUGCCACAAAGACGUCUUGAAACGCAUUAAUCUUUUUAGAUUUUUCCCAUUGAGUUUUUUGUUGAGAAAAUGACUUCCUGUAAGUAAGGACUGAGCAAUUGAGCUUUUGAGCUUUGGACGAAUGAAGAAAAAGUUUAGAUGUUAAGAUGUGUUUGAAAAAAAUCAAAUGCAUUUUUUGCAGGCAAGGUUGCUACUUUCCGAAAUUCUUCCACACCGAGGAGGCACAAGUCGAAGGUAUCGGCUAUGGCUGCCGGUUGGACGCAGAGAGUGGGAAUCAGUGCAUGACGUCAUUAAGUGACGAGAUGAUGACGUCAUGUUUGCAGAGUGAUCACUCUAGAGGUGCGAUGGACGGCGCCAACCCGCGAAUCCGAAAAAGAGUGGCUUCGGCGGUUUCCAAACGGAAUUUUUCGGAAAAAUCACAUCAGCAGCACGAAGUCUCCUGGUAAAGUUUUCAGGAAAAAAACAGAGAAUCAGGUUGUAUUUCGAAAAUUGCUUCGUUGAUAAGUUUCGAGAAAAAACUACAUCAAAAAUUUCCAAAUGGCUAUUUUCUUUGAAAUACCAAUCUCUCCCAGUGAAGAUUUCGUUCGAAGUUUUUCAUUUGAAAAUAAAGGAAAGACAAAAGAAAAUUCACUUUAAAUAUUGUAUGAUUCCCAGGAAAACUAUCAAAUCGUUCGGAUUAUUCAACAGCGACGGAAAAAGACAUGAUUCAAGUGAAGCUCAGUUUUGUAGGAAAGGUAUUGUGAUUUCGGACAACUUUCUUCAUGAGUAUUCAUUGAUUAACACUACUUAACCUUACAGUAUUUUUCUUCAUAAUUUCUUGGGGUUCUCUCAAAAUAUACUUUCCUCGCUCUGACUUUAAAAGAGGUCGUCGCACUUGGAAUGGCUCAACGCGUCUCGGUCAUCUUCCAGAAUCAUUUUCAAUCACAAAAUAAAGAAAUAUUUGUGAGACGCAAUCAGUCUCAACUCGAUGUGUAACUAGAAUUGAAAUAAUUCCAUCUCAUCUUCCUUUACCUCGGACUAAAAAUCCCUGUUCGACUUUAGCCUAUCCAUCACACCUUCAUUGAUGAUUCGCUUUCCCUUCUUUGUCAUACUUUUAUAAUGUGUUCAUUUUUUUUUUUCAAUCUUAGCGCCCAGAUAUAGUUGCUCAAAAUGUUUUUAGAUUUUUUUUUUGAAAUAUUGCAAAAGGGAAAUUGUGACGAUGAGUUGCCCUCUGAGACGACAAUUUUUAAAACUCGAUGAAGCUGCGCGUUAACUUAUAACAUUUCAAACUUUCUCAUGCUCUCUUAAAAUUGUUACUCAAUAACUUUUUUCAGGGCAGGACGGAGCGGUCGAGUCGAGAGAUUCGCAUGGAUAAAGAGACAAGGUUCAGAGAAAUCGAGGAAAUGACUCCUCGCGGAGCUUCCAUUUUCGUGACCCCUGGUUUCAGUGUCGACUUGAACAAAUUGGUCGGUUAUGACUUUGUUUAUAAUCACGAAUUCGCGCUCUACGAGUUCAAAAUUCUUCUUAACUUUUCAAAGUUGCUGAGCUGAGAGCUAGAAAAUGAACUGAAAUACUUUUAAUCCGAGUAAAUAAUUAAUAAGGUCUUGAAAGGACGAAAUCUCCGGAUCUGCUAUCAAUUGGAGACUGUUCUUUUUAAAAACAGUUUUCGUUCUUAUGUAACCAUGUGAUAAUCAAAAAAACAUUUGCACUACCUUUCGAAGUUUCUUUUUGAAAAGUUAUUGCAUAUGGUACUUUUUAAAUUCUCAGUUGCAGUUCAAGCGCAAACUAAUAUAACUAACCGGAAGUUUUUUUAAAUUCAUAAUUAAACUUUUUUUAUUUUUAAAUUUAGGUAAACCUUCGUUCUCUGUUCAGUGGGGAUUGGUUCGAACUUAGUAUUGAGCCCAAUUUUUGAUUAAACUUUUUAAAUCAGCCGUGAAUCUGAAGAAUUUCACACUAAUUAAAAAUUGAAAGCUGGCGUCUCGCAAAAAAUCUCCCGCAUUAGUUGAGUUCUGAUGUACUAAUAAAUAUGUUUCCUCAAAUUUUUUUCCAAACCUCGUGGUUUGAAAAUGAUCGAAUUAGCUAGUCGAACUUUCAAAUUAAGUCUUUUUUUCUCAUAUUUUUUUCCGCUUCAAAAGCCGAAAAUUGCAAUUGAAAAAAAGUUGUUUCUCUUACAGACUUAGUAAAUCUAUUUUUUUAGUAAGAAAAUAAAAAAACAUGAAAAAAAUGAAAAUAAAAAAAAACACAAAAAUAAUUCACUCAGGAGAAAGUAGACAACCGCAUGAGCUCAAAAUGGAGAAUCGGCGAUGUCGCGUCGACGGAAUCGCCUUUCGUCCACUUCGUCGUCGUCGAGAACGACUGA